CGGCGGCGGCACAUCCAACCACGCUUACUUCAGCCGCAGCGGCCGGCCGUGGUCCAGGGCCUGCAUUCAUGCAAUGUAACCUCGGAGGGUAUCGCAACAAAGGAGACUAGCAGCGCAAAAAAAUCUUUGUUGCGUGAGAUCAGCGCUUAGACGUACGACCCCUGUCCCGUCCCGGUUGCCGCUGCUUAAAUAUCCCAGGCCCGCUCGCCUCGAAAACUUGCCUCCUUGUGUAAUCACCCCAGUUCAAUUCUAUACUUUUCUCUCCCAAUUGACAAUGAUUGGUGCUACUUUUGCUCUUGCGGCCCUCGGCCUUGUUAGCGCAUCGCCCGCUAGCACACUUGCCUUUGACGAUGGUGACGCCAUGGCGUGGCCCGUCGUAAAGACACAAAAGGUUAUUUCUGAGGCUGCCUCGGCCUUAUCCGCAGCUGUGCCCAACAAGGAAGUCGGCGGUGCCUUUCCCAUCCCCGGCUUCUCCAAGGCCUUUGUCCUCGUCGCUCACGUCACUGACAAGUCGCGCGACCUCAACCCUUCCGUCGAGGGCUACAACUUGAUCGCCAGCCGCGAUGGCUACGCUUCUUCCUUUGUGUCCUUUGAGAAGAGCACCGAGGAGGACAAGGACCUCUUCCCCAGCUACCUGCCCGGUCCUCUUGCCGCCUACUUGAACGGCACCUCCAACGUCGCCACCGACCUCAGCAAGUUCUACAACCCCUACGGCUUCUCCCUCAAGGAUGACGGCCACGGUCCCGGCCUCACACUUGUCCGCCAGGAUGACUACCCCGGAACCCCCGGAGUCACCAUCUCCUCUCUCGUCGACCUUGUGUCCGAGCUUGUGCCUCACCAGUUCCUCGCUUGCAACGAGACUGUGCCCAAGUACCAGGACCGUUACCUCACUGUCCUCCGCCACCUCGACACCUCGGUCAGCAAGGCCAUCCCCGACAAGUGUGUCCCUGUCAAGCUCUUCCCCGAGUGCCGGGACAUUGACAAGAUUUACAUCAAGAGACAGAAGAAUGCCAAGAAGGGUGUCUCUGUCCGCUGCUACAAGACUGGUUCCGACUACUCCCACUUCGACUAAGCGCGCCCAAGUCAUGGCAGCAAAGUCCUACCGCUAAUACAAGUUAAAAGAACGCCAAAGGGCAUAAUUUCUGUAGAUUUUGCAUAUAGAAAUACAUAUUCUUUCUCAAUUUGGUCGCGUU